AUGUGUGCGCUCGAUCUGGGCAUGGCAGGGGCAGGGGACGAUAGGUUGGGUCAUUUCCUCCUGGCUUAUGAGAAAAUUUUGAAACGCGAGCCAUCCUUGGCUAUAGGACUGUCUCCCCAUAUCCAAAAGCUGAUCGGCGAAUAUGCUAUGGCUUACGAGUUGGACGACGUCAUUCACUCAUUAUUCAAGGCAAAGAAUCAAUUCUGUCCCGAACAUCGUCCAAUGGUUUCGCCUGCUCCUUCAAGAAUAUCAGCUGAGUACAACAAGCUCGAUCACACACUCAAAGAAGCAACAGUAAUAUUUUCCAGAGCACCUGAGAAUGUAACAGCGCAAUCGUCCCGUGGGAAUAAGCUUUGGAACUGCUGGGAAGAAGCUUGUAUUGAGAUUCACGGACAAUCAUUCAACAACCAUUUCGGUCUAAAAGACAUUCUAUCGCCUAUUUCUCCGCAGUGGGAUCCACAAUCAGGCGCUCAACCCGAUCGAGACACUUCAAGAGAGUCAAAUGUCGCCAUACAAGUGCCCUCAGCUGUACCACUAGCACAAUCAGGUCAUGCAUAUCGUCAAAUGCAUCCCGACCUCGAGGCUCGACAAGCCAAGAUAAACACGAGGGGAUCUGCUGGGUCUGCUGCUCAUGACCUCGCAACCGUCGGCUCUCCAACGUCGGUGGGAGACAAUCCCGUUGAGAAGAGCUACAAGCGAGGAAACCAGAUUGCUCCGAUCUUUCAGGAUAUAUACAAUUUGAUGAACAGGAUUGGUUUCAGAAUUCAGAAUGUCGGCGGAUCGAUCAUCCGAUUUAUACCUCCCAACCAAGCUGGAUUACCGUUCAACGAACAUCGACCGCAUCCUGAGACGUCCAUUUCUGCUGUCAAGUACCGUGCGUUCGGUCAACGACUUAGAGAUAGAUACGGAUGGGACGAGACAUGGUUCGCAAGGAUGAUUACCAUAGAUGCAGAAUGA